CUCUGCGUCUGCGGCCGAGCGGGAGCGAACGAGCGAAGGCGGCCGGUUGGAGCGGCGGCUCAGGAGCCUCCUUUGGCGGCGGAGUGGAAGCGGGCAGCCGGCGUUCUCUUCCCAAGAGGAGGACUCGGAGGGCUGCUUGACCCCCGAAAUGGAAGCCCAGGCGGAAGGUCUGUUGCAAAGACAAGUAUUACAUGAAGCAGAUGAAGACAUGGUCACCGAUGUUGAUUUUACCAGUAUGAUUUCUGAGGAAGAACGAGAAGAGUUAAAAAUAGAACUUGAAAAGCUUGAGGAUGAAAUUGCAACUUUGCGUCAAGUGUUAGCAGCUAAAGAGAAGCAUCUUAUAGAAAUAAAGCAAAAGCUUGGCAUCAACAUGAUGAAUGAACUGAAACAGAACUUUAGCAAGAGCUGGCAUGAUGUGCAGACAACUACUGCGUAUAAGAGGACACAGGAGACUCUGAGUCAAGCAGGGCAAAAGGCCACAGCCGCUAUCAGCAAUGUUGGAACAGUCAUAAGUAAGAAGUUUGGAGAUAUGAGGCCUAAUGAGCAUAUAGGAUAUGUUGUUUUCCAUCUGGCUGUAAAGCAAAAAGAUCGGGGUGAGUAUAACUGACCCUUUUAUUAUGCCUCUACUUGGUUUGCAGUAUGGGUCUCAGCACUUGGGAUGCUGGUAACAGACAACUGAAAUCCUAAGUGGUUAUACACUUGUUAUAGAAGGCUAAUGGCAAAUGGUUAUUUAUACAUACUGAGCUAUAUCCUUGUUGAAUGAUGAAGAUGUCAAGAGAACAGCUAAAUAAAAUUGAAAUUUGAUUACACAAGAAAGAGUAUACUUUCAGAUCAGUUAAAAGGAAAGUGUAUUCUUAAUUUUUGUAUCAAUUAACAGGUAACAGUUUAGACAUAAUUUGAAUAGCAACCAAAUUCAGGAUUUGACAUGAACUGCAUAAGCAGAUGGGUCCAUUUACUGAACUAAUUUCAAUCUACAGUAUAUGGCUUGCCUUCUAACAUGUCAUUUUUUAAAAUACUAGUAAAUAUAUUUAUGAACUACUACUUUGCCUGGCCACGCGUUGCUGUGGCUUAUGGGAAUCAUUUGUUAGCCAGGUGGAAUAGCAGUGAAUAGCCUUGCAGCCUCAAAGCCUGGCCGUUUUCUAGAGUACCUGGAGUAGCACCCUCAAUCAAAGAGCCGCUUUGAAGCCUGGCUACUUCCUUUGUAAGGGAAUCAUUGUUUGGCCAGAUUGAAUUGCACUGAAUAGUCUUGCAGCUUAAAAGCCUGGCUGCUUUCUACCUUGCAGAAUCCUUGGUUGGCCAGUUUGAAUAGCAAUUAAUAGUCUUGGUGUGGCAGGUAUGACUGCUGCAAUUAGACACCUUGAUUAGCAUUUAAUGGCCUUGCAGCUUCAAAGCCUGGCUGCUUCAUGCCUGGGGGAAUGCUUUGUUGGGAAGUGUUAGCUGGCCCUGAUUGUUUCCUUUCUGGAAUUCCCAAUUUCCCUGCUUUCAGAGUGUUGCUCUUUAUUUAUUAUCCUGAUUUUAGAGAUUAUAUUGUUUUGUAUUAUUAUACCACAGUAAUUAUUUCAUAUUAUAGUUAUAAUCUUAUAUUAUCUGCGUAGAAGUGGAUUAUAUGAGGCUCCUUCUACAUAGCUGUAUAAAAUCCACACUGAAGUAGAUUAUAUGACAGUUUGGACUCAAGAUAAUCCAGUUCAAAGCAGAUAAUAUAAGAUAAAUGGUAAUAUAGCUGUUUGAGUCUACACUGCCAUAUAAUCCAGUUCAAAUCAGAUAAUCUGUCUUUUUUAGGCAGUGUGGAUCAGGCCUAAGUGCACUCUGCCUCUGCCCUGGGUGCCAUUUUGGCUGAGGGAGUUGCUAGGAUACGAAGGGGGUGGGGCCUAAAGGCAGAGGGGGUGGGGGUUAAAGGCAGCAGAGCCUACUUUUCUAACCGGCAGUUAAGGGGAGAAAGGCUCUUCCUCAUCCUCUGUAAUUUGGACUAUUUUUCUAGAUUUUUUGAUUGAAAGACAUAUUUUGGAUGGCUAUGUCUUUUGUGGCCAAAUUUGGUGUGAUUUGGUUUAGUGAUUUUGUUGUUUACUCCAUAGUAAAACGAACAUUGCAUUUUUAUAUAUAUAGAUUGAAUAUAUUACACCAAAUUGUAUUUGCUGCUGGCAUAAGUUUGAAGCUUAUGUUGUUGCAUUACAUCUGUUCAUUCUUAUGGAGUUUGCUUGAAAUUUCUCCAUAUAUCCUAUUGCAUUACCAACACCAGCAGUACUUGUUUGAUUGCUCCCCACACAGAAAACCAUUUAGUGUUGCCAGGUCACCCAUACUUCUAAUUUUGCAUUAUAAUCCUGUAUUAUGAGUAAUCUUAUAAGUAACUGGUUUUACUAAAGUAACUAAACCAUUAAGUUGCAUCUGUUGCAAUUUAUUUGAUGGAGCUGAAACCAUGAGCCAGUAACAAGGAUUGUAAUGAUUAAUACUUUGAAGCUGCCUUUCUGUUCCCUCUUGUGUUGUUUAUUUAGGUGGAUAAAUACAGUCUUCACUCUCAGUUCCUUUGAUAUUACUUUGUUCUUCAGGGAUGAAAUAAUAAUUUUUGUUUUGUUAUAUUCCAUCCCUAUUAACAGAGUUUGAAGCUAGGAUUCUUCAUGUUAAGUUCUUCUGUGCAUGUAAAAUUACAUGAAAUGUGAUGCGGACUUCAAUAACAGGCAUGGAUUACUUAGAUUAUUGUGGUUAAUUGUGAGUACUUUUGGGGCUUGUUUCAAACUGGAUUAUGCUCUUAUCAUCAACCUCACUCUGAGGUUGCAGCUGGUGGGAACAUGCUUCCUUUGUACACUUUUGUUCAUGAUCCCUACAGGCAGCUUUGUGACAAAAGUGCCAGCAAUUGUGAUGUACACAGAUUCACCAACAUUGAUUAUUCAGAUAUUCAUAUUAUGGAAAAUGUCAAGCCAACUUCAAAACAUAACUGAAAAGGGUUGUGUGAACUUACCAAUGUUAAGCACUUACGUAGAGCAAGGUUGAGCAAAGCAAUGCUUUUCAGCAGUCUUUUUGAGGGCUCCAAGGGCUACCAAGCACCCCAGAUUUUGUGGCAUAACAGUGUUUAGUCAGUCUCUUUUCUUAAAUUGCCUACUCCCUUUUUGUUUUGUAUUGUUUAUGCCUUCUUCCAACUGAAUUGGAAUCCUCAUAAACCUGAAUUAAAAUAUUCUACUUCCCAAAUGUUUUUGAAAAUUGGAGGAGCUCCUGUCAGUUGCCCAUCUAUUUUGUAGAAGUCUCUUGCCAGUCAUUCAAGGAAGUGUUUCAUAAUAGCCAGGAUUUAGAUGGGGUACUUCAUUGCCAUGAAUUUUACUGAAUCUCUCAGGUGACUUCCGAUGUAUGCAGCGCUAUUGGCUUCAACACCAUUCAUUGAUAAAUAAUGUGCAAGUCUCUUAUUACAGCAUGCACACAGACCAAUUUAAUGGGAAAGAGCUAAAUUUAUAUAAAUGUCAUCUUAACACUUCUGGUUUUGAGUAUUCUAUGCCAGGUUAUGAAAAGUUUUGCAUAGCAAUAUGCUACUGCUUAACUCUUCUUAAUUUUUCCUUAUGCUGCUG